AGAGGGAAAAACUCGAAGGGAAAGGAGGAAUCUUGAGAAUCUCGAAAGGGAGCGGCCGACAGGGGUUGGGAGAUUAUGAAGCUGUCGGCGAAAGCCUCGUCGAGUCCUGGACGGGUGGAGAAGUAUCCGCCGCCGUUGAUGCGGUUUCUGAGGAGCAAUGUGGGGAGCAGGAGUAAGGGGAGGUCGCGUUCGAGUCCCAUGUUUGUACGGAAGAAGAACACUGCCAUUGAGACACAGGAGCCGUCGUCGCCGAAGGUAACAUGCAUGGGGCAAGUCCGGGUCAGGCGGUCGAAAAAACCGGAGAAAACACCCGUUGGUCCCGCCAGAAAUGGCGCUCCGACGCGGUGGCGGCGGUUCAAGUGGAUCCGCAAUGUGCUGUUUUGCCUUCGUUUUUCUAGGAAACUAAAGCCUAAGGCCUUCCGACGGCCCUCCUGGUGCAAGUGGGUAGUAUCAUUCAAUUGGGGUUCUCUCGGAAAACCGAAGAUUAGGGAAGACUCAUCAAGAAUAGAAUCAAAUUUCCGAAGCAAGGUUGAAGAUUCCGUCCAGGAAGCCGGAGAAGACUCCGACGACAAUGAAAACGGAGAAGAAGAAUCCAAGAUUUUUGCGUCUUCCUCCUCCUCACCACCCAAAAACGCUUUGUUGUUAACUCGCUGUAGGUCCGCACCAUACAGAUCUUCUUCUUUAGCAAGUAGAUUUUGGGGUUCGCCUUUAAGCACUGAAGAAACAAAACCAAAACCAGAAGAACAAACAACAAAACUAGAAAACGGAGAACCCGACAAGCCCACAUCGGGAAGAGAAUCCAUUAGCAGAGAUUCGGAGCAAGAAUCAAAAACAGAUCCAGAAACUGAAGAAAAGUCAGGUUUUCUCAAUCAUUCUGAAGGUAAAAUUGCAAAAUCUGCUAAUAGUGAAGUACCAAAAGAGGAGCAAUUAGCAACCAUACGGCCUCCGAUUCUCACCAGGUGUAAAUCAGAACCGGCGAGAACCACAGUAAAGCCCGAUCCAGAGAUGAUUUUCUGGAAGAAAAGAAGGUUGGGUUUCACGUGAUUGAUUCAAUUUGUCGACUUUUCUCUUUGCUGAUCCAUUUUCCCUCAUUUCUCAGGUUUUCUUGACCAUGUCUAGAUUGAAUAUAGUUUUUGGAAGCAUUUUUUUGCUCUCAACUUCUUCAUUACAUUUGACAUCUGGAGCUGUAUGAGAGAAUCUCAAUGGCUCCAUGGCAAUAUAUAAAGCUAAGUGGGUUUUUUAUUUUUUUUUUUUCUUUUCCAAUUUUUAAUCCUACACUGAAAGAUGAAACAAGAAAGAAAUUGUUUUUGUGUGUUGUUGAUCAUCUUCUCUUCUGCAACACCUCUCAUGGGCAGUUUGUAUUUAUUACUACUUUCAAUGGCAUUAGAACCAUAUUUUACUGGAACCACUUUUGUUGUUUUCUGCCUUUUUUUUAGCUUUUGCUUGAUGGGCUUUUCUGGGUUCUUGAUUAGUUUUAUGCAUCUUUGGAUACUCUGACCAACCUUUUGUGUUUGGUAGAAAGCUUAUAUGGUUAUCUGCAAUGAAAUGGGCCAGCAACA